UUCCGAAAGGAAUUAUUUAUUCCUCUUCAUGUAAGUAAAUAAUGUGCUAGCCAGCCUUUUAUUUGAGGGGUUUUCAAAUACGUCCAAAACUAAUACAGCGACAGGUGAACGACUGCGGUUAUUAAGCCAUUAUGUCGGCCCUGGACGUUGUUCACGAGAAGCUUCACCGCAGUCAUGACCCGCGCUGGUGCGGCCGCGUGGCCCUGGCAGACGGCCAAGGCGCGCUCGUAUGCGCAGCCUGCCUCGUGGAAAUGAUGGAGCGGCGGGACGUGUCGUCAGUGAGGAAGGCCGCGGCCCUGCGUGGCAUCAGCGCGCUGUUGAAGGGUCGUCCGGGGGCACUGCGAGAGCUGCUCCUGCGGGAUUACAAGGUCUGCCAGCGCCUUGUGGACUCUCUGCUGGGAAUGCUUCACACCAUGAAGGACCCGGCCAUUCUGGAACAGAUUAUACAUGUGCUGAUUCCGUUGCUGCUGGAACUGCAGAGUGACGAGUUUGUGCAGUAUGUGCUGGACAAGAUUAAAACCCAACUGAGAGAUCAGACCAGCAUGGAGGGGUUUCUGCCAACAUUCAACUUCCUGGGGAAGCUGCUGGAUUCUGUGCCUGCCUUGCCCCAAAGCCUUGCCACCGUUCAUGUGACCCUCCUGGAGAAUCUGAGCAUGGCACUCCUCUCUCCCGACGAGGCGGUAAAGUCAUCAGUGUUCUACGUGUUCCGAAAGGUGUGGAGGUGCGCCGGGGUUUCACAGGUCGUGCCUACAUCACUACGGGACAGACUUUGUGCUCUGCUGCUGCACACCCUGCAUCAUGCCUGCUCCCCCCAGCUCAUCAUCAAUUGCCUAGGGUUCCUGAAGGAGUUCCUGAAAAUGAGCGAGGUGGUCUCUGUGUUGAUGAAUUGUCCUGCUGAUCAGGACUUCCCGCUGAGCAUCAACAUUGACUCCCAGUGCAACACUGAGCUUGCUGUGGAACGCUGUUCUUUACCCCUUGUCCUCAAAAAGCUACUGCUAAGUGGAGAUGAGACCUUGCAGGUGGCCAGCGCUCAGUGCAUUGCUUCCAUAAUAGUGCACUCACCCAGCCAGUACUGUCCAGCUUUCAUCCAUGCUGACAUACCUGAGUUCCUGUUUGAGCGUCUCUGCAGCCGUAGUGAGGCGCUCCUGUGGUCGGUGUACAGCUGCUUGUUGCUCUUGGCAGAAGAUGUGCUCUUCUUCUCCCAGUGCCACUCUGUUUAUGGUAUUGAGUCCUUGGUCCACAGCCUUAAAGAGGUGCUCACCCUGAACAAUGUGGAGGUUCAGAAGCAGGGCCUGCUGUUGCUUGCUACAAUCCUGGAAAGGCAACCUGUUGGUGUGGGUCUGUUCCCCAGUGGCCCAAGUUUUGCCGGGGCAGUGGAGGUUCUGCUAGGAGGCAUUGCCUCUCCUUGCCUGAGAGUGGCAAUACAGGCUGCCUCUACAGCUACAGCUUUGCUCAGGCUGAACCAUCAGUCCAACCCUGUGCAGUACAAAGAGCUGAAGAAGUUGGUGUGGGCUGUGAUUGACAAGUGUACCGAAUUGCCCUUGCCCACCACAGCAUACCGCCGGGCUGCACAAACCCAGAAGAGAGCAGAGUCACGCAGCCAGUCCUCCAAAGCAGAGGCGUUCCUGCUGCAGGCUCUCAUCUGCUUUCAGGGGGCCUGUAGGUUGGCAGAAGAGUGUACAGGCCAUCCUGAGCUGGUAGAGAAUGCGUACACAGCACCAGAUCAGAAGAGCCAAGACGACACCUUGGAGUCUUUCUGCCUCCACCUGCUGCAGUGCUGUGAUACUGUCUGCAUCCCGACCAUCACUCGGCACUGUGAGAGGGCACCCAGUGCUUCCAUUCUACAGUUUUUCUUCUCCAUCCUUUCUAGCCAGUUCUCCCUCCUGCCUUCUCUGAUGCCUCACUUUUCCACCAAACUUGCAUCUUCUGGAUUCUUUGGGAUGGCUUUGGAACACAAGGCUUCCUUUUGUGCAGGGAACAGGAACCUGACUCUGAAUGGAGCCUGCAGUGAUUUUCUUCAGAAGCUGAGUGCAUGUUUGCUGUCCCAGUUGGAUGCUGCUGAAACCGCCCCUCAAAAAGACCAUGAGGAGAGUGAGGAGCUUAUCCGGCAAUGUCUGCCUUCACUCUGCAUCCACCCAUCACAAUGGCCUUCCUUACUGCGCGAGGUCCUGGGUCCCAGAGAUUCUGGUUCCGCAGUAACACGGCUCAGAACCACACAGUACUGCAUGCUCAUACUGCUCCAUCUGGCUCUGCGACAUGGAGACAGGUUACUCCCAGAUGCCACUGUGUUCUCUGGCACAGUGUUUGUGUUGCGCUCAGUGCAGGAGCAGGGAGAUGACCCCCCUCCCCUGUGCGUGCGGCGAGCAGCCCUCUACCUGCUGUCUGUCACACAGGACCAGAGUCCAACCCUCGACAGGUCUACUCUCAGCUGCAUCAGCCAGAUAAUGUCCUGCCCCCCUGGGUUCCUGUCCCUCUAUACUCACCAUUCAGCACUGCUGUACUUCAUCUUCCACUACCCAGAGCUGGCUGACAGCUUUGGGCCUAGUGCUCUGGAGCUGUGGCUCACAAAUGGGAGUUAUAUAAGCCCUGUGCAGGGGGCAGGAAGCAAGACAGAGGUGCUGCAGUCCUCAGAACCAAACCAGGACUCUGAUGUCACGGUUCUCUUGUGUUUGUUAGAGAAAAAUAUGGCUGCUGUUCUCACCCUACUGGGCAUCAUGUGCACCAGAGAGUCACAACUGGCGCACAGGGCCCUGGGAGUUCUGAGGGAGUUCCUGCGAGGGCAUCCCCGGUGUAAUGCCUCCGUCUCAGACCACCUGCGGCCCCGGCUGCUGCAGGUCCUCCAGAGACUGGCAGUAGAGAGUAGUGAAGUGUCAGGAGAACCCAAACUGCUGUCAAUGGUGUUGCAACUGCUGUGUCUGAUAAAGACCAGCAAUGAUGCAAACACAGAAAUGGACAGCGUAGACUUCAAGCUACUUUUCCACGUGAGCAACCUAACUGGAAAGCUGAAACCCUCCAAUGCCGAGUCACUGCUGCCGGCCUUCAACUACUUGUACUGCUGCCUGAGCCUGUCACCCGCACACUGCGCUGAUAGAGCUGUGUCUUUCCUUCUAUGCAACUCUGGGCUGGUGGAGCAACUGCAAGCAGCACUCAGCCCAUCUCCCUGCUCUACCUCCUGUGCCCCACUCACCUCGUCUCUGCUAUGCUGUGCCCGUCUGCUCUUGUCCUCCCUCCUCACACUUUGGAAUGCUUCCUUUCCACAGGUUCAGAAAAGCAUCUCUCUGAAUCUCAAUGAGAUUGUGUGGAUUCUCACUUUUAAAAAGAGAGAGACACCUGGCCUUUUGCUAGCCAGUUCUCUCAAACUGCUGCAGACUCUACUGGACUUGGACUUCCAAUCCCCCCUGCUGACAUUGACCAGUGGUCUCACAGCACAGCGCCCCCUAGAGAACGAGGAAGCAGCGCUGCACCCACUGGGGUUCCAUAGGGCACGAUGCCUCCUGGUGGCCCUUCAAGGCCUGCUGUUGCAGAAGCAAGAGUUUCUGCUGAGCAUGUCGGUGAGCUGCAUGGGGUCUCUGCUUGGCUUCCUGUACAGAAGGAGCUCCCUCACAGGGCAGCACGUGGUGUGCCAGCCAUGGAAUCGCUUCUUGCUGUACUCCCUACUGGGCUCUGAGGAGAGUUCCUUCCUGCACCCUGCUAUCCUGGCUCUGUUUACCCUGCUGGUGCGGUACGGUGGUGAGAAUGUGUUGAGUGAGGCUGACCUGGGCCAGCUGCUGGAUGUGGUGGAGAAGAAAGGAGUGAAGGAGUUGGGAGGCAGUGAAGCACAAGCUCUGAAACAGCUCCUCACAGAGCAGGCCAUGCUCCCAGUGUGCACCUUGCUGGUUCUGUUCUGGCCAGCCCUCCCCUCCUCCCUGGCGGACUCCGAGACCCAUCGACAAAGACAUGAUGCCAACCUGGAGAUCUACAAGCGUCUGUUUGAGACUAAGAGGAAGGACCAGCUGAACGCCCUGAAGAACCUGGUGGAGCUGAAUGACAUCAACCAGCAGUACAAGAUCAUUGACAUCAUGCUGAAGGGGCUGUUCAAGGUGCUGGAGGACUCCAGAGCUGUCCUCAUGGCAGCCAACUUGCAGCCUGAUGACCCCUUCCCCUUGGACGACAAAGUCAAAGAAGCAUAUUCCCAUGUGGUGGAAAACACGGCCUUCUUUGGGGAUGUGGCACUGCGAUUCCCACGCAUCGUGCACCACUACUAUGACCGCAACGCCGACUGGGGCGGCCUGCUACGCUGGGGGCUGCGCUUCUGCAACCUGACGGGUGUUUUUGCCGGGGGGGCUCACCAACAUGUCCUCACGCUGAUGUCACAGGAGUUAGGAAUUACGGAGAAGUCGCCAGACUUCAUCAACCCAUACCGCACUGAGAGAGACGAUAUGCUGCACACCGCAGAGGCAUUUCGGAAAAUCAUGCGGGAGGAGGAGAAACGGCGGAGGAAGGAGGAGAAGAGGAAAGAGAUCAGGAAGGGACCUCGAAUCUCUCGCUCCCGCACUGAGCUAUAGCACCGUGACCCUGACAGGGACUGGGGACUGGGGAUAGAGGAAGACCUUCUCUCCCGAGUGCACAUUCAUGGGGUUGCAGGGCCUCCCAAGGGCUUUCUGGACUUUUUGUGAGGGAAAAAGGAGUGGCAGCAGGAGUAAUAGGUACUGGAGACAGUGACAGGGAAGAAACCCAUGAGACAGGAGAGCAGUUGAGGGGGCAGAUAAGGUGCGUAGUUGCUGGACAGAGAAAAGAUAUGGGGCUCCAGAGGAAAGUGGGGUGAACCACUGAAAAAUAUAUAAUUACUCAAAAAGAAAAGACUGUUACUCUUUUAGUAGCAAAAGGGGUGAUUAAGCUUAAGAGGGAGAAGAUUACAUAAUUAUUUUGUGGGACAAUAAUUGUUUGGUUUGUUUUGAUAAAAGUAAUUUUCAUUUAAAAAAAUACUAUAUUGUGGGAUUAUAAAAUGAAAUUUCUGGUUUUAGUUUUUUUAAAUUUAGCUUUAGCCUUAAUUAAAAACAAAAAUUGUACAUAUGGACAUAGUUAAUGUUGCCACUUGUACCAACUGAUGAAUACUGAACUAUUUUGGUGGAUAUAUUUUUCAUUUUCUUUUCUGUAAUUUUAGUAUUACACACAUUAACUUACCAAAUUACUCCUGGCUGAAAAUAAUAAACUGCUCCUUCUGUAAUGUGUUAGGAUGGAAGAAGGUGUUGCGUCAAACCUAGCUGCCUUUCACACCAUGUCCUCUCCUGUGUCCUUAAUCAUUACUGACCACUGGUCAUUUCUCUGCAGUAAAGUAUUUGCUGGAAGCCAAAUAAUCGCUGCAUAACAAUGAUCAGCAGUCUGUGAUGUUUAAGGACAUUUGGAACAAGAAUUUAUUUGAAAAUUGUAAUAUAACUCAGUGGAGUACCUCACUGCCAUUUGCUGAUAUGCAUAAUGUCCACAGGUAGGUACUGGAAUGUUCUGAUUGACUUUCUCCUCAGUAAUUUCUUUUAGUUUUCUAGUGUUUUCAGGUGGUCAGUUGCAGUGUAGUUCAUCUGAUAUUUCCGAACUAGCUGGGUUCUUGAUCUUUCAUUAUUUGUACAUGUCAAUACUUUCCAUAUCUUGGUGUUGAACAUGUAGUGCUAUAUUAAAACACAUUUUAUGAAUUGUAAAAAUCCAUCAAACCAAAUUGAGAGCUUUUAUGGUAUGUGCUGCAUUGGUUUUUUUGAAUGUGGGUUUUAUUCAUGUUUAAAAAGUCAACUUUCAUAUUAAAUUGUAAGUGCAUAUUGCAGCACAGUGAUAUAAUUUAAUCAGGAAAAUGUGGAAGUAUAUUUUAGUUAAAAUAAUGUAUUUAAAGAUUUAAAUAUAUGUAGUUUAAAUAGUUUUCUGUUUAUGACUUGGAAGAAAAACAUUAAAAGCUGUUUAUGUUAAAGGUUUUCCAAACCACUUGUCAUUCAGUGGAAUGAAGAAGUAAUGAACAGAAUUAUGAAUUGUGACAACACAAUACAUAAAACAACAACUGACUGGCUUUCACACUGAACAUUCUAAAAAGUAUAACCUAAAAUGAAACAGUAUCUUUAAACAGCAGACAGUAUUGUCAGUAAGUAGACCUAGCAAUACCGGCAGUCUU